AGGUGCGUGCAAUUUACCUACUUUCCCCUAAUCGGACACACCCGGAUGUACGUUACAUGUAUCAUCGAACGGUAACGGUGAGUUGGUGGUAAUUACUUUACCAACAACGCAAUACGUACAAAUUCCGAUUUUGUCCGCUAUGCGGAACCAGAGAUAACAUUUCUCGAUUUAAGAUAAGAGAAAGUGAGAGAAAGAGAGAGAGAGCAAUUACGCGAAUUGACGCGAACGCAGAAGAGAUAUGGCAAUUACUACAGGUGAAUGAAACAAUUGGAGUUUUCACAAUAUUUAUGUUUCGACGAGUCGUUUGUUACUUUCGACUUUUGCGUCAUGAGAAAAACUUGUCCUUGCCGUUGUAUUGUUUCACGCAUUGAACUACACGUAACCUACCUUUCUGCGCGGAAAUGCAAGACAAAUAUUCGUUAAAAAUAUACAUCUUCGGAUCUAUUUGAAAACGAUAAUUUAUCAAUGUUAGUCCGAUUGUGUAUUCAGCUCUCAGAACUGAAUAUUAAUUCGUAUGUAUGUUAACCCAAUCACCUUUGUCAACUUCCAGCGAGCAAGAAUCAACGAUACGCGAAUAUAUUUGUCGGCAGAUUCAAGCAGGAUAUCGCGGUGAAUUGGCAUCAUCUGCGUUUGCAUUAUUCACGUUCGGCAUAACCCGAAAAUAUUCAUCAGCGAAUCGUCAGCAGAAUUAAGCAAGAAUUGUCAUUUUAUAACUGGGUUGAACCCAAGAAGAGAACGAAAAAGUCAAAAUAUUGUCGAUUUUACGUAAUUCUCUGGUCAUAAUUUGGUCAAUAUAUGACGUCAAAUUAACACGUUUUGACAUUUCUGUUCUCUUUCUUUUUCAAAGAAGUAAAUCAUUUAAAUGUAAUUCAAAACUUUGACGAAAAAAAAAUUUUACAAAAUUCUACACAAAUUUAAGAUUUCAACAUAUUUGACUAUCUGGGACGUAAAAUAAUGGUUAUUUAUAUAUAAGGUAAAUAUUUAAUUUUAAUAUUUAAUAUUCAUCGACAGUCAAACUAUAAAUAAUAAUUGUAUUCCUUAGUCGUUCCCGAAUCUAACAAUCGCAAAAUAUUGUUCUGAAUUGGUCUAGUCUCUGAUAAUUUUUUCUAGAUCGCUGCAUAUUCUUUUCUGUCUCAUCAUCAGACUUCGUUCCGGAGCGUCCUCAAUGGCGCCGGCGGUGCGAGACGCGUGCACGCGCGACUGUCUCGGCAGGUAAAAGGCACACGUUUGCGUAACGUCCUGCUAUUUUACAACGUUGCGCAUAUAUCAAGCGCUGUUAUCGCGCAAUGCCUCGCUCGAAAAUAAAGGUGGUCUCUUCCAUUACUGACUGCAUCAUCCACUUUGGUGACGUACGCUCGUUUACGUGAUGCCGAAAUGAGAAAAGAGGUCCAAACGGUCGGAACGAGUACUUAUUUACAAUGUACUGUAAUCUUACGUAACCUUCAAGGCGAAGAUAAAUCCCCUCUCUUCUAUCUCUACGAUAUGAUAAAAGCUACCUCAUUGACCUGAGCAGCUCGCAUCCAAUCACUUUUUCAUCUGUUUAUAGUGGUUCGAAAAAAUUUCUAAAAAUUCUUGAACCCACUUUCAAGUUUCCAAAACAAAUAUCUGUACUACAUUUUGGGAAAAAAAACGUGAUACAGAAUUUCAUUAAUUUUGAAAUUUCGAAAAAUUUCUGUGGAUAGAAACAAUCGAAUUCCCUAUGUUCACGAUUAGGCCUGCAGGGACAAAGGAUAGCGUAUUUCUUCUCGUUUUUUCGCGAAAUUCAAUAGUACCGUGAUAAAUGUUUCACAAUGUUUAAAUUAUAUCGUAACGACAUGCAUAUUUUGUAUUUUGUUCCUCUUAUGAUGAAAUUACUCGCCAAAUAAUUAUGGAUGUGAGUGUAUAUGGGCGAUAUCUGUCACAUCCCCAAUUCCUAUUUUGGUCAUUCAGUCGCGUGAGACGUUCGUGAUGCUGAAAACUGUAGUAAAUAAACGGUAACUAACGUCAGCGUUCUCAUCGACAGAAACCCAUCGGCUCCGAGUCGACCGGACACGCCUGGGACACCCUGUAUACGAGCGCGCAUUGCUCCGCCCCGGCGAAGGAAAUGGAUGUAUCGAGAUGCACGUCGGCGUGUCGACGCAUCUGCGAAGCUCCGAGGAUUCGUUCUCUCGGCUUGCCGAGGCCGAGAACCGUCGAGAGGAACCGACGUCAUUCCAUCGGGACCGGAAAGUAGGCGACCCUGAGCUGUAGCGACGAGGAGACGCUCCCGUCCACGCGCAUGCAUGCGGCUAGCGAGUUCGCGAGGAGGAAGAGACAAUUAAUAGCAAUAAUACCGAACGAUACGAGACGUGACUAUAAUAAGCGAGGACUUCAAAAGAGAGGAUUCUCGAUAUAAAAAUAGGGGAUGAGAGAACAAAGACGGAACAGUCUACGGGACGAGAAUAGAAGGGAGUAGAAACGAAUCGUCCUGGAAAAGAGAAAAAAAAACAGAAGAGGGCUCAAUACUUUCAACAUUAAAAUGCAUUUCUCUCGAACAGUUGGUCCGGUAGGAUCUCUCCGUUGUACUCAGAGGCCGCCACUAGAGUGAUGCUUCAUCGAACAUCCGUUUUCGAACGAUCAGAGCAGUUUUGCUUCUUCGGGCACUGCCCGUCGGGGACUUCCGGUGAAAACCAAAACAGCUAGGCCCGGAAGAAUGACGCGCUUCCUCCGAUGUCGGGACGGAGAAUCGGAAUUGCAGAUGGCGCCCGGGCCGCGCCAUCGUCAUUGCCUUCGCAACCGCUGGUCGAGUCGGCCGACCCAGCAGGGGCGCGGCGGAGGGGUGGAGGAGAGAAGGAGUCGCGCCCGUUCGCCUUCUCGUAUAGUCUUCCUACGAUCCACUAUCCGCUCCGACGGUCAGUGCUGACGCCGGUGACGAAAGAGCGAUAUUCGCGAUCGAAGAGUUCGGUGAGACCAGAGUCGUCCGACGAUGACGGUGUCUCGCGUCGAACGAUAGAGAACGUGGUGAAUAAUUCCUGCGCGAAGAAAGAGAAAGAGAGAGGGAGAGGGAGAUCCAGGAGCAAGCGAGCGAGGAGCGAGCGAGUGAAGGCGCGCGCGCGCGCGCGUGUGCACGCCAUGUUUCCUGCAGCGGGCAAGGGCGAGCGAAGAAGUCUGCGCGGAAGCGCACGGCUCUCGUCCAAGAUGUCGGGAAGACCGCCCCGGUUGCGUGCCCUGCGGCCGCGGGCGCAGCAUCAGAGACGAGGGAAAACGGAGUCCCAGGCCUCCGACGCGACCACGCCGAGAUCGGAAGGUAACCUUAAACGGGCCGCGGCGAGUCACGAGGUGGAGCACAAUGCGAAGAGAUACGACGCGAAGAAGGGCAAAGACACUACCACGACCAAGACGACGACGACGACGACGACGACGACGACGACGGACACGUCUGACGCUGUGAGUAAGACGCACGAUGCGAUGGACGGAAUUGAAAACAACAACGACGACGACGACGAGCUAACGGUGACCGCCGUCAACACCGUCAACACCGUCGAGGCCGUAGCCGAGGAUGAGGCGGAAGAGGAUGGGGAGAUGAAGGAGAAGAACAACGACGACGACGACGAUGACGACGAUGAGGCGACGCUGGACGGCAACGUCGACGUGGAUGUCGACAUCGACGUUGACGUGAACGUCGCGGUGAAUUCCGCGGAGACGAUCGACGUCGAGGCAAACGGCCAGGCGUCUUACGAGUGCAAGACCUGCGAUCCGCCGAAAAUGCUGUCCAGUAUCAAGGCCUAUUUCGAGCAUCUGCGAAAGGAGCACAAAUAUAAGGGCAAAAACGGGCACAGUCCAGUCGAAAAUCGUUGCCCUGCGUGUUCGUAUGUCGCAUUGAACGUGAAAGAUCUUGAAAAUCACCAAAGAGUGCAUCAUUUGAAAAGAAAAUUUUUUCGAUGCGCAAAAUGCGAUUACGUGACGCACAUCAGAGCGCGUUAUACUAAGCAUGUUAAAUAUCAUUCUAUGCCGAUGAUCAAGUGCGAUGCUUGUGAUUUUAGUUCAGCGUAUAAGUGGAAUCUAGAAAGACACAUGCGGAAUCAUGGAGGUGGAGGUGCUUUCAAAUGUCGUGCAUGUAAUUUUACUGCUGAUAUCCGUCAGAGCUUAACGGUGCAUGAGUCGUAUCAUCAUGACCCACCUGUCGGUCAGAUCAACCGCAAAAGUAAUAACGCUUUCGAACGUAAGCCACGAAAUAGUCCAAAACGUUACAAUCAGGUUGGAGCCAGUGACUUUCGAGAAGUUUUAAAUAAAAGUGGAAGUACAACCACCUCGGUCGGUUCUUCCGAUUCGUUCGUAUCAGAUCACUCGCUAAUUUCGAUAGACGAUAAGAAAAGCGCCCUGGCCAACGCCGAGUGCAUCGCGUUAAAAUGCGAGGAGAAAGGCUGCCAAUUUAUAACAGCCUGGGACUCUGAGAUGCAGCGUCAUUUAGCGGAGUGUCACGCGCCGGUUUCUCCAUCGAAGCCAAGAAAGCCACUGCCGAUGUUAAUUCCAUUGAGCCUAGCGAGCACCAAGUCCAAUAACACGGUCAACAGUAGCGGCCCACCUACGACCCUAUUGAAAGUUCCGCGCGUUAGAGUGAGACCUGAACUGGCGCAAAUCGCGAGGGAUACGGAGCUAGCUAAGAUGAACAAGGAGGCCGCGAAUUCGAAGAGGAAUUUCAAUACUGCCGCUGGGGUAUUCGAGAGAAAGAAUGCCUCCUUCUUCGAUAAACUGAAGGAAAAACUAACGACGACCGCGACGUCGAUUAAUAACGGUGUGCCGGAGGUAGCUGUAAGUAAUGAGAACGACUUGAAAUGCUGGUGUACGUUUAAAGCUAGUAGCAUGGAGGAGCUAGCUUGCCACAAACAGACACACCACACCGCGCUCAGCGUGUCCGUGGGCACGACACGUUGCCCUAAGUGUAGAAGACGUUGCAAGAGUACAACCGAUCUCCAAAUGCAUAUGCAAUACUGCCAUUCGCGCAACGACGCAACGCCGUCCAUCGAUAGUAGUUUAGAGAAAGUAACGAAUCGUUCUCGCUCGGACGUCCGCAUGACCUCGUAUCGUGACGAAUACUCUUUUCCGUCGCAAUUGGAUUGGGACGCGAAUCUCAGAGGACUAAAUUCUUCUGGACCUUCGUUUGAAGGUGGUCCGACACAUCCGAGCGGACGACGAGUAUUCAAAUGUCCCCAUUGUCCAUUUUGGGCUUCCACCGCAAGUCGCUUUCACGUACAUAUAGUCGGUCAUUUAAACCGGAAGCCGUUCGAGUGUUCAAUGUGCGCGUAUCGUUCUAACUGGCGAUGGGACAUCACAAAACAUAUUAAGCUUAAAGCGGCUAAAGACGCAGUGCAUACGAGCGCCAGAGUGCUCAUGACGGAUGAGACAGGUCGACGGAAUUAUUCCAAAUAUAACAAAUAUCUCGCACAGGUAGAACAGCAAUCGUGGGACGAAGAUCGUAUGGAACAGCGUAGCAUAGAAGAAACAAAUUCUGAAGAAAUGCCGACGAAAUUGGUGAUUGUGGACAACAAAGAGUACGUUCCGUUGACUGGCCCGACGUCGCAAUCUUCUAUCACGAUUAUUCCGUCGAGUGAGGCAAAUCAAAAUAUUCAAAAUGUAGACAUAAGUCUGCGACCUCCACCACCGCUCAAAGCAGCGGUUAGAAGUCGUGGACAGUCUCUGUUGAAGAACAGUCCGAUUACGAUGCAUAUACAUACUCCUAGUGGUGGUGGUGCGGUCUCUAUAUCUCCAGCGAUAGAUGAGAGUAAACGCACUCAGUGGAAGUGUAAACGUUGUAAUUACCGAGAUACCAACAAAGAUAACGUGUUGUUGCAUGUUAAAUCUCAUUACGAAUCUGCUGAUCAUGAGUUCAUAGAAGAAAGGAAUCCAUUUGGUUGUGGGGAUUGUCCAUUUUCAGCAUCGGACGCUGCUACUCUGUCUCUUCAUAGGCUAAACCAUCGGCCAACCUUAGAAGCUAUAUUUAAAUGCUAUCUUUGUCCAUACUACGUUAAAACAAAGGCAGAAUUAUUGGAGCACUCUAGACUCCACGGGGAAGAGCUGGCAGCUAUGCAUCAGCAAAAUACGGAUGUUCAAAUUUCUAAGAAUAAAUUGCAACAAAUAUCAAUUUCCGAAGGUGGUGUUUCACAAACAAAAGACGAAUCGUCCAUAGAACAAGUAAUUCAGAUAACGUCGCGUAACAAUGUAACGGCAUCUUCAAAGAUGACGGAAGCUCAGUCGUCACCGCCUCCACCACCGUCGCUUCUUCUAGAUACUCGUGCCCUUCCGGAUGCUCCGUUGGUUUGGGUAUCGAAGCUAGAUGGCACUCUGACGAAGAUGCUCAAGUGUCGCCACUGUCCGUUCAUCUCAUCGCGACGUGCGGAGGUGCUUGAUCAUGAGACAAUGCAUGUAGACAUGCCAACGCAGGGACCCUUCAUCGCCUGUACAGACUGUAGCUUUACUUGCUCGCGUCGGGAGGUCAUGACCGCACAUACAGAAAUGCAUGCGGGAUCUCUGGGUACCGUUCAUUGUCUUGUCGAUGAAACACGACCUGAUGCCCAACAGGCGAAUGAUCUGGCCACUCUACUUGGCAUGCCACAAACUCCUAUGUUAGGUAGUGAGCCUGAUCUACAGGAUUCCCGUCUUGUGCAUUGCUGCGGCAAGUGUCCGGCGCGAUUUCUGUGCGAGAAAGAGUUGCGUAUUCAUCUGCGGUACCACACCACGGAACUAGCGUAUUCAUGCCAAUGGUGUUCAUAUGCAGCGCGACAACCGGCGCAUUUGAUAGCUCAUCAAAAGGCGCACUCGACAGAAUAUCAGGAGCGCACCAAAUAUUUGUUGUCGUUGUACGGUCACUCGCAGCGUUAUCCUCCGCCUGCGACAGCAUGCGUCGAGACGGAUAAUCGGGACACUGACAGUGGGCCGAAUGUCGCGUGGAUCGUCGUUGAGAUCAAUGAGAAUGCGAACAACUAUAUCAAUGGUACUACAACCGUUCAAAGAACUGGAAAUCAGGUAUUUACGUGCGCCAAGUGUCCAGCUCGUUACUUCAAAUUAGAUGCUUUGGAGUACCACAUGACGCUUCACGGUUCAAAUAAUCGGUUCAAAUGUAAUGAUUGCGAUUAUUCGUCGAAAACAGCACAAAAUCUAUUGAAACAUCAGGUAGUACAUCGACGGCACAAUGAAUCCAGCGAAAGUUCGACUGCGGAACUAUCAUCUACCCCCAUUGCUGAAACUACUCCGACAUCUUGUCCCGAAUCUCCAGUGCAAUCAUCACCGGAUCCACAAUUCGGUGUCUUUAUGCGUGGCAAUCCAAACUUUGUUUAUCCAGGUUAUCUACGGAACGGCCGUUUGAAGGAAAAGCGCUACAAAUGUCACAAAUGUCCGUCCGCUUUUGAAAAGCGUGAGCAAUAUAGGGUUCAUCUGACUUUGCACGGUGCAAAACAACGCUAUCGCUGUGAUACGUGUGACUACUCGGUGAAAUACUAUGCGAAUUACAUACAGCAUUUGAAGAAACACCAGGCAAACGCGGAAGCGCAGGCAUCUCGCAGACAAUUUGAGGACGACCGAAUUUCAGUGGAUAGCGAUAGCUUCAUCGAUGCAGGUACGGCAACAUCGUCACGCAAGUCUUCGCGAUCGUCUGCUGUUAACACGCUUGCGGUAUUGUCUUCUGUCAAUAAUGCUACCCUGCAACCCUCUAAUCAGGAUAAGCAAAGUUUACUAUUGAUGCAAAAAAAAGGCAUCAUUUCAUCAAUGGGUGACGCCGACGCGGAGACGAUCCGCUGCCUGAGUUGUCCGUUUUCCACUAUCGAUAAAGAUAUCAUGGACUUGCACAAACGUCGCCAUGGCAUCGAACGCAUGACGCCGUCGUGUCCGCAUUGCGACUACAUUCCGCGAAAAGACGAGAACAUCGGUGAGCACAUUAAGCUGCACUUUACAAGGAUGUACAAACCCGAAUCUUAUCUUAUAGUCGAGAUGCUUACGUUAACGAUGGAGAAGGUAUCCGCCAACAGCAAGAGUGAAAAGGGUCAGCGGUUGAAGGAAUUAUUGUUCAAGGAAUGCGAGGAUGGUAGAUUCCUACCACUCACAGAAACGGUCAACUCUCUUUCUCUACGUACUUCCACCUCGACAAUGAAGGCUACCAAGGAGAAGGUUAUCAUAGACCCAAACACAGGCGAAACUAAGCAUCGUCUUGCCACGUAAAUCGAACUUUUAUCUAGCGAUCGCGAUCAUGCGAUUUAUUGUGUUCGCAAAAUGUUUAUAUGCCUUUUUAUACGUAAGAAACUGGUCCGAUAUUGGUAGACGAUGUAGUUGACCUCGCAAAUGAUCAUAGAUCGAUACGUAUUGUAAAAAUUUGCAAUCUUAUUUUUGUUUAAAAGUAAUGAAAUAUAUCAAUUUAUUGCACAUCUUAUUUCUAUAAAAUUAAAGGUACAUAUAAAAAUUCGAUUUUCGACGAUAAUGUACAUGCGGAGUGUUUUAUCCAGUUAUAUUGAUUUCUAAUUUUUUUUUGUAUUUUACUGUUUAGUAAUUUCGAAUGGCAAUGUGUGUAUGAGAAAGAGAAAGCAUACUCUGUGAAGUUAAUACAUUGUACGCCAUAUAUUUUGUUAAUAUGUUGGUUAAUAAUGGGUUUAUUAUACUUUGACUCACUUUUCUAUUUUGAUUUUAAAUAUGAUGAUAAAAUUUUGAAUGGUUUCUAUAUUAUUAGUAAAAAACACAAUUGAAAGUCUGUAAUAUUUUAAUAUGUUCAAAAAAUUCAAAUUGAAGUUAUGAAUAUAUUUAAAAUCUUGAAAAUCAAAGAUGAUUUGAAUUGACUUUAUGCAAUAUUGUAUCGCAAUCAAGAUCUACUAUAAUUGACUUUUUUAGGUAUAUAAAAUUAUCAGAGAAAUUGCCACGUUUGAUUUUACAUAUGUUUGAAGCAGUUCAAUACAAUUCAAAUAUAUAUAAAGCAAUUUAAAAAGGUUCGGAUAUUUUACAUUCGAAGCAGUUUAUGUCAGUUUUCGUUAUUUAUUCGAAGCAAUUGGAAUUUUUAUAUGACUAAAAUAGCGAAGAUUUUUCAAAAAAAGUCAGAUGCCCAUCUUAACAAUGAUCAUUAAUGCACGAUGGUCAUUAUUGUAAAUAUUUAUUUGAAGCCUUACCAGACUUGUACAAUAUGAUAAUAAAUGCUCAUACUGUAUAUAUGUA